GCAUAACCGUAGGACACACGUCAACUGUCUCAAUCACCAGCAAGUCACGAAAGGAAAGGAGAGAAGGUUGAGCUGGAGUUUGACAUCCGUUAACCUCUGGAUCAGCAUCAGACUACUUUCACUUCAAAUCACUGAGGUUGCGGGGUUGUAGAAAAUGUUUGGAUUCAUGAAAAAACCUAUACAAGACUGUCUUGUGCAGCAAAGAAGCCACAAGACCAGACUAGUGAACAAAGAUGGUCGCUGCAAUAUGGAAUACGGAAACUUCAAGUACAAUAAUCACUUUGCUUUCCUGGCUGACUUCUGGACCACCUUUGUGGAGAUCCGGUGGCGUUAUGUCAUCUUUCACUUCAUCAACUCUUUCACCCUCAGCUGGUUCAUUUUUGGCCUGCUGUGGUACUGGAUUGCCCGCAUGAAUGGAGACCUGACGUGGCAAAAUCCCCCAUCAAACCAUACUCCAUGUGUUGAAAAUGUUGUAGGGCUCACCACAGCAUUCCUCUACUCCAUUGAAACCCAGUCAACUAUUGGGUAUGGUAGUAGAGCAGUCACCCCUAUCUGCCCAAGUGCUGUGGCCCUUCUCAUGAUCCAGUGCAUCCUCGGAGCUAUUAUCAACUGCUUCAUGUGUGGAGUUGUCCUGACCAAAAUUUCUUCACCCAAAAAGAGGGCUAAGACCAUCACAUUUAGUGACAUGGCUGUCAUCAGCCCCAAAAACGGUUCUCUUUGCCUGUCAAUCAGAGUGGCCAACCUGCGCAAGACCCUGAUGAUUGGAAGCCAGAUCUACGGCAAGCUGUUGAGGACAACAACCACACCAGAUGGAGAGACAAUCAUCAUGGACCAGGUGAACAUUGACUUCAUGGUGGACGCCGGCAAGGACAACCUCUUCUUUGUAUGUCCUCUCACGCUCUACCACACCAUCGACAAGAGCAGCCCCUUCUUUGAUAUGGCAGUGGACACGCUCCACAAACAAGACUUUGAGCUGGUUGUCUUCCUAGACGGCACAGCAGAGUCCACCAGCUCUUCCUGUCAAGUCCGGACUUCUUUUGUUCCUCAGGAGAUCAUGUGGGGCUACAACUUCUUGCCCAUCAUCUCCAGAAGCAAAGAGGGCAAGUACAGGGUAGAUUUCUCCAACUUCUCCAAAGUCAUGCCAGUGGCCACUGCACACUGUGCCUACUGUUACCACAACAUCAAGGGUCAUCAUCACCACUCCAGAGAUGGACAUGAUAACCAGGGAUUUCAGGUGAUUGACAUCAGUGAUCCUCCCAGUGUCACCAAGAUGUGAGAUGACGUUACAUUGCAAUGAACAUUAGGAGGGGAGAAUGGUAUAAGCCUACUACCUCUCACUGACAAACUCCUCAAGACUCUGAAGGACAAAUAAGUGCUGGAGGCAGAUUUUGAAUUGUGUAACAAUUAAAUAUGAAGAAAAGAAAACCUACUUAUUUAUUAUUAUAUUGUGUUUGACACAGAUGAGAAAGCAAUAUGUGGGUCAGGACAGUUUUUCGUGAACAAUUUGUAUGUAACCCAUACCCAUAAACAUAUUUCAGAAGGGAGCCCUGGUCCUGCAAGGUGGUAAAGGUACAAUUCAAGAACCGGAAAACAAAGUUUUCUUAUACACACACAAGGAAAAUACAUAGGAACUCUUACUUUCAAUAAAGAUGAGUGGUUCUAAUUUACCUUUGGCCUGGGCUUACUGAGUAUGGAGAUGCAGAAUAACAAAGCAAAUGGAUUAUACUGUGUGUAAAUCUUCAAAAUUACUUGAAGGACUAGUUUUGGAGGGCCAUGCUAUUGUCACGAGUGAGAAAAAGAUAAAGUGGCUGUUCAAUAAUUCAUGCUACUGUAGGCUGGUGUACUCAAGAGUCACUUGGAUUUGAACCAUUAGAGUAUGCUUAACUAUUCAGACACUGGUGCACAAGCAAAGCUCAGGGGCCACUCUUUCCAAACAGUGGGUGAUGUAAUUGUAGUUUUCUUCUUGAGUGGAGAUAAUGUGAGAGAACAAAGUUAUGGCUGCAUACAGCAUUGAUUAGAUUAUGAAAGUCUUUUUUUUGUAUUUGAUCUCAGUGGAAAAAAUCACUGUAAUAAAUAUUUUUGCAUUCAAAAAA